GUGCAAUUGGAAAGCCCAUUGAUUCCGCUCUCAUUCCGUGCUCCGCUACUCCGUUACAUGGGUUCGCACCCUUACAGGUAAAUCAUGUAUCUGUCUCUGUCCAAUUUGAACAAAAAAACGAAGACAGACGUAUGAUUUAACUAUCAGAUAGCUUACCAAAAGGUUGGAACAAUCGGUCUUAAUAGGACACCGGCCUCAGAAGGCAUUCCUGUAUGGAUUCGAUUCUCAACGCCGAGUCCAUUUCUACGUCGAUGGUAGGACCGAUCAAACGUAGUCGUAGAGUGAAUUUUAUCGAGUUUAUGAACGCACGUACGGUGACGUAACAUCAUCCGAUCUGUAGCAGCGCCCUGAUUGGUCGCCUAAGAGUCGUAGUAACUGAGCACAAUGGCAGACCCAGGAGGAUGGGUGCCGAACCAAGAGAAUGAUUUUACGAAUUUCCAAUCUAAUGACAGCUUCAAUUUAAACGAAGUCAGUGGCAUUGAUGAUCUUCUUAGUAAUUAUGAGAAUGAGUUGCUGAAAAAUGAAAAUCUAUUCAGCGAUGACGCUUUACUCUCCGAAUUGGAUGAACCCAUACCAAUGGAUGGUGACACAUUUGAUUUCUUGACUCUCAACAAUACCGAUGAAUUUAAAGAUUUUAAGGACCCAGGCAUCCUUGAACCAUCAAAUGCAAAUGUUAUGAUAACACAGCCAAUAACAGAUAACAGUCAACCAAUCACUUGUGUACAACAAGAUGCAUCUGUACAAAAUAGACUACAGAGAGUAUCAGUAGCCUCAACACCUACAGUCUUUAACUCACAGUAUACUAUACCUCCAAGUGUAAGUUUUAAUGUACAACCACCUGUUGUAACUCUGGCUCCAGUAGUAGCUCCCCAGCAAAGGCAACUGAUUCUACCAGCUAAAAUAAUAAAAUCAGAGUCUCUUGUGUAUUCGAGAGGUACACAGGCUGUCACGUCGACUUCUUUGCCACAUCAGAUACGCACUCUGGUAAACACUGCAAAUGGGACAGUUCUAGCUACUGGAAUUCCCGUGGUGCUUGAUACUGAGAAAGUACAAAUCAAUCGUCUGAACACGGCUACUCACGUGGGAGUGCCGAGGGUAAGGGAGGUGAAACGCAGUGCACAUAACGCUAUCGAACGACGUUACAGGACAUCGAUCAACGACAGGAUCAUUGAAUUAAAAAACAUCAUAGUCGGUGUCGAUGCCAAAUUAAAUAAAUCUGCAAUCUUGCGAAAAACUAUCGAUUACAUCAGAUUUUUGCAAAACUCUAAUACAAAGUUAAAGGCUGAAAAUUUGUCAUUGAAGAUGGCUGCUCAGCAAAAUAAUCUUCGCGAUUUAUUGACUUGCGGGGAACUGACACCUCCGCGCUCGGACUCCAGCGAGUCGUCACUCUCACCCGCAUCUCCGCCACUGUCACCACCUUCUCCAUCGUCUGUAAAAGACGAUUCGGACGCGUUACAGAAUCUACGUCCCAUGACCGCGUCGUCCAAUGGGGGUAUGAGGGAUCAUACACGACUAACUCUGUGUGGAUUUAUGUUGCUGUUUUUGGCGUUUAAUCCUCUCGGCAUACUUGUAAACAAUGUUGGAAAAUUCAAUUACGAUUACCUAAAUACGAAAUUGGACGGACGAACGAUACUCAAUUAUCAAGAACAAUCAGAAUCGGAUAAACUAUUAUGGAGCAGUGUCAUUCUCUGGGUUACCAACAUGAUACUUCUGGCAGGUUGUUUCUGUAAAUUAUUGCUAUAUGGUGAUCCCAUCUUACCCACGGACAGCAAAGUUUUCCUCGAGUUACGUCGUUGGAGACGUCAGGCUGAAUUCAACAUGUCUAAACACGAAUACAAUCAAGCGUAUCGGGACUUACAUCAGUGUCUGCAAUACUUCGGCCGGUCUUUUCCAUUGUCACGAACAGAGAUGUGUCUGGCUACCAUGUGGCAGAUAGUGAGGCAAGUGCUUCACAAAUUGUGGCUAGGUAGAUGGGUGAUGCAGAUCAACAAAUGGCUGUCAAAUAAAUCCGAACGGCAACAGGCGGAAAUGUCCGCUAUGGAGAUAGCUAUCGUCUACCAAUAUACACUUUGCCUUCGUCUGUCCGAGGGAACGAGGGGCACAAAUCUGUACUUUGCUCUUUGCGCGCUCAAUUACGCGGAGGCUGCCGGCGAGAGCAUGCCGAAGCCUCUUUUGGCGGAAAUCUACGUGAACACCGCGUUAUGCCUUAAACAGUCCUUCUUCCCGUACAUACACAAAUAUUAUCUAGGCAAGGCGCGUGUCCUGUUGUCUUCGUGCACCGUACCGCCGAAAUUGAAAUGGAUCAUGACCGAUGAAGGUGCGAAAUUCUUGGCGUCUCACAAGUGGCAGUAUAAGAAUCAACGACCCGACAGCGAAUUCACAUCGCAGAGCAGCAAAGCGGAUCCUGUGUCGUAUGUGGCUCGCGCAUACAGGGACCAUCUAUUCGAGCAAUGUCUACGUUUACUGACCGGCACGGCCGGAGAAUGUCACGCAUCCUCCGUUCUCGAGUUAGGACAAAUUAUUAUGGCCUCUGCGGGAGUGGACGCCUGUUUCCCGAGUACCGACCAAGUUAGCGUAGCGACGUGUGAAGAUGAAGUUGGAUUAUGGUGGGGAGCAGUUAUGUGCGUUGCUGCGAGUUGGAGAUUAGGAGAAGAGAAUUCUGAAGCUUGGAGCGUCGUGGAGCGUAAAUUCCCUUAUAAAAAGAACUUCCAAAUCGGCGACAGUAAUAGCAGAAGCAGCCCGUUACCGCACGCAGUGCUCAACGUUUUGCAGGCGGCGAAACACUCAUCAAUGUUAGAUUCCAUGCGUUUCAUCGAGCAAGCUGGAUUAUUACUCGAACAAUCGAUGGUGUAUUAUCAUUGCAAAGAACAAUCGUCGCAACAGAUCUUGCUUAUUCAGUUAUGGGUUUGCGAUUGGCUCCUAGAAUUACGUAUGGCGCUAUGGCAAGAAUUGGACGCGGAAUUAGACAGAUCAGCUGCGAGCGUGUCACUCGCAAAUUUCCAACGUGAUUUGGCAUGCCUGAGGCAAUUGUCUCAACAUAUUCCAUCUGUGCUCGCACGAGUAUUUCUGUACGAGGCUGCGGCACGUAUUAUGGCCGGCGCGACACCAGUGAAAACUCAGAUCCUAUUGGAUCGCAGUUCGCAUCACAGGAAUUCACGCUCUUCUAUCAUAUGCGGCAAAGAUCGAUCGCAAGAACAGAGUAACGGUGAAAGGGAGCAUGCUGUCGCGUUGUAUUUAACCUGCAGGUACUUGCCGACGCUGCUGUUAGUGUCGCCUGGUCAACGUGACGGUAUGCUCACUGAGGCCGCUAAAAUGCUCGAACGUAUGGGAGAUCGAAAGCGCCUCUUAGAGUGUUACAAGUUAAUGCAACAAUUAAGUUCCACUAUCAGUGUCAAUUAAUCAUUGUCUGAUAGUUAUGUGCUUUUUACGUUAUUAACAAUAUUAUGAACAUAAUUUUGUAUAAUUAUAUAAAAAAAAUGUGUAUGUCAAGUAAUUUAAUAUUGCUGUAAUAAUGGAUCUUUUCUUGAUUAAAGAUUUUUGUAGAAGUUAGA